AUGGUGAACGGAGUCCAUUCGGCUCGACAUUCGGGAGAAGUAGGUGGCAUGGGCGGUGGAGGAGUGACUUUCGCCAGGAGUGCACCCUGUCAACCGGAAGAUAAAACAGUGAAAUUACCUUUGCCGAAUGACCCAGGGGUAAUCUUUGUGCCGGAGUGCACGAGGAUACCUCAAUGUGGUGGAUGCUGCCAACAUGAUCUCCUUUCCUGCCUACCGACUCGUACCGAGCCCCUUCACUUUCACGAUUGCGGGAAAAAUCAGAUUUUCCGGGACUGUGUAUGCGAAUGCGUGAACCUCCAGGAACAACGAGACUGUCAGAGGCUAUCGUAUAAGAUCUGGGACCACAAAGACUGUUCCUGUAAAUGUCUCCACGAAGUUCCCUGCUCCACUGGGCAGUACUUCGAUCCGAUCAUCUGCAGAUGCAAGAGCUAUCCGGACACGACGCAUUAUUGGCAGAAGGGGAAUGUCGGCUGGGGAUACACGGGCGAGGGAACAACAACAACGACAACGACAUCACGGAGCAACCUGAACUGGUCGGAUAGUGGACCUCGAUACGGUACUGACGGUCGGGCAUACAUGGGUCCUUCAACCUAUCCCCGAAGGGAUGAGCGUAGAAAUUCUGACCGGGGUAAUCCAGCUGGAGGCUCUCACGAAUCAACGUCUCCUCCUCAUCACAUGGAAAGAAGAGACGAAACCAACGAGAAGGGACGCAUCCAGAAGAACAUUUUCGGAGUGCAUUCCAACAAUGCAGAAAAAACGCAGGUAAGCGAUGUUGCGACGUUGCACGCCAACAAAGAGCCGUGGAUCUCCACGCCCAGUUCUCUUUCUGUGGCGAUGCAUCACCUGUCCGAAAGUGAUCUUUCUCAUGGCUCUCAAGCUUUGCUUGCCAGUUUGAGCGCCGUUGCAAUAUGCAAUUUGAAGCUGCGACUUGACUGUGUGUCUUCAAUAGAACGAAACUUGAGGUAA